CAAAACACCCGCAGAGGCAAAGAAACUGAUUGCAAACAUGGCUGCAAACUCUCAGUAUCGAGGAGGUCGAAAUAUCACGUCCACCUCUAUACGUCAAGUUAAUGAAGUGGUGAGUUCUAACCUCGAGCAACAAGUAGCUAAACUCACUUCCUUAGUGGAGCGAGUAAUGAUCGAAAAAGGGCAAGAAAAAGUAUGUGGCCUUUGUUCAAUGGUAGGACACCCAACUGAUAUGUGUCCUACUCUGCAAGAAGAAGAAGUGAAUUCGAUUGGUGGUGGUCAGGGGCAGCAAAGACGUUAUGAUCCAUUCUCUCAGACUUAUAAUCCGGGGUGGAGAGAUCAUCCAAACCUGAGAUAUGGUAAUGCUCAGCAGCAGGCAGGAAACUCUAACCUCAGACCACCAGCUUUCCAGCAACAGCAAGCUUCUAAUCCUCCACCUGGUUUUCAUCAGCAACCACAAUAUCAGCCGCGACCUCAAAAUCAGCAAGUUUCCCAGCCACAAUCGGGUAGCAUGUCUCUAGAAGAUAUUGUGAAGGCAAUGGCUGACAACACUUUGCAUUUCCAGCAAGAGACAAGAAGUGGUCUAAAGAACUUGGAGAACCAAGUUUCUCAGUUAUCUAACACAGUGGGAAAGCUCCAAGCUCAGAAUUCUAAUAAGCUUCCGAGUCAACCAGAGAGAAAUCGGGAGAACGCGAGUGCAAUCUCCCUGAGAAGUGGAAAGCAAUUAGAGGUUCCAACGAAAAAGACUGAAGAGCUGGCAGCACACCAAGAGGAACAAAGGACUAUUGUUCCAGAGCAAGAUAAGCAGCCCACUAAGGUAAGAUAUGUUGUUUCUCCUAAUACUGAUCAGUUUACUUCUUCUAUUCCAUUUCCCAGCAGGUUAUCAUCUAAGAAUAAGAAGAGAGAGCAAGAAAAGGAGAAAGAGACCCUGGACAUUUUUCGCAAGGUUGAGGUAAACAUACCUUUACUGGAAGCUAUAAGACAAGUGCCGCGGUAUGCAAAGUUUUUGAAGGAGUUAUGCACUAACAAGAGUAGAUUGAGUGGAGAUGAAAAAGUCAGUGUAAGUGAGAAUGUGUCUGCUGUUUUACAGAGGAAAGUUCCUCCAAAGUGCAAGGAUCCAGGUAUUUUUACUAUACCAUGUAAAAUAGGUAACACGAGAUACGAUAAAUGCAUGCUAGAUUUAGGAGCUUCUAUUAAUGUCAUGCCUUUAUAUAUCUAUAAAGCUCUGAACUUAGGACCUUUGAAAGACACUCGAGUGAUUAUUCAGCUUGCUGACCGUUCUAAUACAUACCCUGUAGGAGUAGUUGAGGAUGUUUUAGUGCAAGUGAAUGAACUGGUAUUUCCUGCUGAUUUUUAUGUUUUAGAUAUGCCAAAUGAUGAAUCCCCUAGUGCAGCACCUAUCUUAUUAGGAAGACCUUUUCUGAAAACAUCUAGAACUAAAAUUGAUGUUCACAGUGGGGUGUUGACCAUGGAAUUCGAUGGGGAGGUUAUCCGGUUUAAUUUAUUUGAUGCCAUGAGAUAUCCCUCUGAUUGUGAAUCUGUUUCUAGUAUAGAUGUCAUUGAUGCACUAACUGAGCAGGUAUUCUUUCUCUUUGUUCAUGAUGGGUUAGAUGUUGUUUUGACUGCGCCUAUGGAAAAAGAAAAGUAUACUGACUUGCAGGAACAUUUUGAGCUUAAGGGGGAAGUUAAGGAAGCUUUUUCCUCUCUGGAAAUACUUCUCGAUAAGCAGUCAAGGUAUGACAAACAGUUUAUGCAGUUACCUGUCACUUCUAACAGAUUGUUACCUUCUAUUGUACAGGCCCCUGAAGUGGAACUAAAGCCACUGCCAGACCAUCUCAAGUGUGCAUUUUUGGGAGAAAAUGACACUCUGCCAGUCAUAAUCGCGAGUAAUCUAACUCCAAAUCAAGAGCAAAAGCUGGUGCAAGUUCUGAAGGAGCAUAAAACAGCUCUAGGGUGGACGAUUGCUGAUUUAAAAGGAAUUAGUCCCUCUAUGUGUCAGCACAGAAUCUUAUUAGAAGAGGGAGCUAAACCCGUGAGACAAGUGCAGCGACGACUUAAUCCACCUAUGAUGGAAGUGGUGAAGAAAGAAGUAAUGAAGCUUCUUGAAGUAGGGGUGAUAUACCCUAUAUCAGAUAGCCCUUGGGUCAGUCCCUUGCAAGUGGUCCCAAAAAAGUCAGGAGUCACAGUGGUGGAAAACGAUAAGGGAGAAAUGGUUCCCACCCGAGUACAAAAUGGGUGGAGAGUUUGUGUAGAUUACAGAAAACUCAAUUCUUUGACUCGAAAAGAUCAUUUUCCCUUACCAUUUAUUGAUCAAAUGGUAGAACGUCUUGCUGGUCAUGCUUAUUACUGUUUUCUUGACGGUUUUUCAGGUUAUGUGCAGGUCCCUAUAACUCCGGAGGAUCAAGAAAAAACGACGUUCACAUGCCCGUACGGCACGUUUGCGUAUCGUCGUAUGCCAUUUGGACUGUGCAAUGCUCCAGCGACUUUUCAGAGAUGUAUGGUAAGCAUCUUUUCAGAUUACCUUGAAAAUUUCAUAGAAGUUUUCAUGGAUGAUUUCACUGUACAUGGAGAUUCUUUUGAUAGAUGCUUAGAACACCUCACUUUGGUCCUUAAACGUUGUCUUGAAACUAACCUUGUGCUUAAUUCUGAAAAAUGUCAUUUCAUGGUUCAACAAGGUAUAGUUUUAAGCCAUAUUGUGUCGUCUGAAGGAAUAAAAGUUGAUAAAGCUAAAAUAGAUCUUAUUUCUUCUCUACCUUACCCCACCUCUGUGCGGGAAGUUCGAUCUUUUCUUGGCCAUGCAGGGUUCUAUCGCAGGUUUAUCGAAGGAUUCUCGAAGAUUGCGCAACCACUAUGCAAACUACUCCAAAAGGAUGUGGAGUUCCACUUUGAUGAGGCCUGUAAGCAGGCAUUUGACAAGCUGAAAGACAAGUUGGUCACUGCCCCUGCUCUACAACCUCCUAACUGGGAGCUCCCAUUCGAGCUGAUGUGCGACGCUUCUAACUAUGCUGUAGGGGCAGUGCUAGGCCAGCGAGUUGGAAAAGUUCCCCAUGCCAUCUACUAUGCCUCAAGGACUUUGGAUGCAGCUCAAGCUAAUUAUACUACAACUGAGAAAGAACUUUUAGCUGUAGUUUAUGCUUUAGACAAAUUCAGGUCUUAUUUAUUGGGUACUAAAAUUAUUGUGUUUACUGAUCAUGCAGCGCUGAAAUAUUUAUGGUCAAAGGAUGUAUCCAAACCUAGGCUAAUACGUUGGAUAUUAUUGCUUCAACAAUUUAAUGUUGAAAUAAAAGAUAAAAAAGGUUCUGACAAUAGUGUUGCUGAUCAUUUGAGCAGGUUAGUUAUUGAAGCUGAUGAAGGUAAAGUCCCAAUCAAUGAAGAGUUCCCCGAUGAGCAGCUUCAUGCCUUGAACUCAAGAACUCCGUGGUAUGCUGAUUUGGUGAAUUUUUUAGUAUCAGGGAAGUUUCCAGCCAGCUACACCAAAGCACAGAAGGACCGGAUGCGUAGUAUAGCAAAAUACUACAUAUGGGAUGACCCAUACCUCUGGAAAUACUGUGCUGAUCAACUAAUCAGAAGGUGCGUACCCGAUUCUAAAAUUCUGUCUACACUAACUUUCUGCCAUUCUUAUGCAUGUGGGGGACAUUUUGGACCAAAGAGAACCGCACGCAAGGUUUUAGAGAGUGGAUUCUACUGGCCAUCCAUAUUUAAAGAUGCAUAUGAAAUCUGUAAGGCAUGUGAUAGUUGUCAAAGAACAGGUACACUAGGUCCUAGGAAUGAAAUGCCCCAAACUCCUAUCUUAAUAUGUGAAAUCUUCGACGUUUGGGGUAUGGAUUUUAUGGGUCCCUUCCCCUUUUCUUUCGGUUUUCAAUAUAUUUUGCUUGCUGUCGAUUAUGUCUCGAAAUGGGUGGAAGCUAUAGCCACCCGUACUGAUGACUCUAAAGUUGUUGCAGAAUUUUUGAAAUCAAAUAUUUUUGCUAGAUACGGAUUCCCGAGAGCCAUCAUCAAUGACAAGGGGACACACUUUUGCAAUAAGACAAUAGGAGCUCUCUUGAAGAAGUAUAAUGUGUUUCAUCGAGUGUCCACUGCAUAUCACCCACAAACAAAUGGACAGGCAGAAGUCUCCAAUCGAGAAAUCAAGUCCAUUCUAGAGAAGACUGUGAAUCCAAACAGGAAAGAUUGGAGUCUCCGCCUCAACGAUGCUCUGUGGGCGUACAGAACAGAGUAUAAAACUCCGAUCGGGAUGUCUCCUUACAGGCUUGUGUUUGGUAAACCUUGCCAUCUGCCAGUAGAAUUGGAACACAAAGCCUUUUGGGCCGUGAAACAAUGCAAUAUGGAAAUGGAUGCAGCGAGGGAGCACAGGAAACUUCAAUUGCAAGAACUUGAGGAAAUCCGAAAUGAUGCUUUCGAGAAUGCGAGAAUUUACAAGGAGAAGACCAAGGCAUUCCAUGAUGAGCGCAUAACACGAAAGACAUUUACAGUUGACGGUUUUUCAGGUUAUGUGCAGGUCCCUAUAACUCCGGAGGAUCAAGAAAAAACGACGUUCACAUGCCCGUACGGCACGUUUGCGUAUCGUCGUAUGCCAUUUGGACUGUGCAAUGCUCCAGCGACUUUUCAGAGAUGUAUGGUAAGCAUCUCAGAUUACCUUGAAAAUUUCAUAGAAGUUUUCAUGGAUGAUUUCACUGUACAUGGAGAUUCUUUUGAUAGAUGCUUAGAACACCUCACUUUGGUCCUUAAACGUUGUCUUGAAACUAACCUUGUGCUUAAUUCUGAAAAAUGUCAUUUCAUGGUUCAACAAGGUAUAGUUUUAAGCCAUAUUGUGUCGUCUGAAGGAAUAAAAGUUGAUAAAGCUAAAAUAGAUCUUAUUUCUUCUCUACCUUACCCCACCUCUGUGCGGGAAGUUCGAUCUUUUCUUGGCCAUGCAGGGUUCUAUCGCAGGUUUAUCGAAGGAUUCUCGAAGAUUGCGCAACCACUAUGCAAACUACUCCAAAAGGAUGUGGAGUUCCACUUUGAUGAGGCCUGUAAGCAGGCAUUUGACAAGCUGAAAGACAAGUUGGUCACUGCCCCUGCUCUACAACCUCCUAACUGGGAGCUCCCAUUCGAGCUGAUGUGCGACGCUUCUAACUAUGCUGUAGGGGCAGUGCUAGGCCAGCGAGUUGGAAAAGUUCCCCAUGCCAUCUACUAUGCUGACGGUUUUUCAGGUUAUGUGCAGGUCCCUAUAACUCCGGAGGAUCAAGAAAAAACGACGUUCACAUGCCCGUACGGCACGUUUGCGUAUCGUCGUAUGCCAUUUGGACUGUGCAAUGCUCCAGCGACUUUUCAGAGAUGUAUGGUAAGCAUCUUUUCAGAUUACCUUGAAAAUUUCAUAGAAGUUUUCAUGGAUGAUUUCACUGUACAUGGAGAUUCUUUUGAUAGAUGCUUAGAACACCUCACUUUGGUCCUUAAACGUUGUCUUGAAACUAACCUUGUGCUUAAUUCUGAAAAAUGUCAUUUCAUGGUUCAACAAGGUAUAGUUUUAAGCCAUAUUGUGUCGUCUGAAGGAAUAAAAGUUGAUAAAGCUAAAAUAGAUCUUAUUUCUUCUCUACCUUACCCCACCUCUGUGCGGGAAGUUCGAUCUUUUCUUGGCCAUGCAGGGUUCUAUCGCAGGUUUAUCGAAGGAUUCUCGAAGAUUGCGCAACCACUAUGCAAACUACUCCAAAAGGAUGUGGAGUUCCACUUUGAUGAGGCCUGUAAGCAGGCAUUUGACAAGCUGAAAGACAAGUUGGUCACUGCCCCUGCUCUACAACCUCCUAACUGGGAGCUCCCAUUCGAGCUGAUGUGCGACGCUUCUAACUAUGCUGUAGGGGCAGUGCUAGGCCAGCGAGUUGGAAAAGUUCCCCAUGCCAUCUACUAUGCCUCAAGGACUUUGGAUGCAGCUCAAGCUAAUUAUACUACAACUGAGAAAGAACUUUUAGCUGUAGUUUAUGCUUUAGACAAAUUCAGGUCUUAUUUAUUGGGUACUAAAAUUAUUGUGUUUACUGAUCAUGCAGCGCUGAAAUAUUUAUGGUCAAAGGAUGUAUCCAAACCUAGGCUAAUACGUUGGAUAUUAUUGCUUCAACAAUUUAAUGUUGAAAUAAAAGAUAAAAAAGGUUCUGACAAUAGUGUUGCUGAUCAUUUGAGCAGGUUAGUUAUUGAAGCUGAUGAAGGUAAAGUCCCAAUCAAUGAAGAGUUCCCCGAUGAGCAGCUUCAUGCCUUGAACUCAAGAACUCCGUGGUAUGCUGAUUUGGUGAAUUUUUUAGUAUCAGGGAAGUUUCCAGCCAGCUACACCAAAGCACAGAAGGACCGGAUGCGUAGUAUAGCAAAAUACUACAUAUGGGAUGACCCAUACCUCUGGAAAUACUGUGCUGAUCAACUAAUCAGAAGGUGCGUACCCGAUUCUAAAAUUCUGUCUACACUAACUUUCUGCCAUUCUUAUGCAUGUGGGGGACAUUUUGGACCAAAGAGAACCGCACGCAAGGUUUUAGAGAGUGGAUUCUACUGGCCAUCCAUAUUUAAAGAUGCAUAUGAAAUCUGUAAGGCAUGUGAUAGUUGUCAAAGAACAGGUACACUAGGUCCUAGGAAUGAAAUGCCCCAAACUCCUAUCUUAAUAUGUGAAAUCUUCGACGUUUGGGGUAUGGAUUUUAUGGGUCCCUUCCCCUUUUCUUUCGGUUUUCAAUAUAUUUUGCUUGCUGUCGAUUAUGUCUCGAAAUGGGUGGAAGCUAUAGCCACCCGUACUGAUGACUCUAAAGUUGUUGCAGAAUUUUUGAAAUCAAAUAUUUUUGCUAGAUACGGAUUCCCGAGAGCCAUCAUCAAUGACAAGGGGACACACUUUUGCAAUAAGACAAUAGGAGCUCUCUUGAAGAAGUAUAAUGUGUUUCAUCGAGUGUCCACUGCAUAUCACCCACAAACAAAUGGACAGGCAGAAGUCUCCAAUCGAGAAAUCAAGUCCAUUCUAGAGAAGACUGUGAAUCCAAACAGGAAAGAUUGGAGUCUCCGCCUCAACGAUGCUCUGUGGGCGUACAGAACAGAGUAUAAAACUCCGAUCGGGAUGUCUCCUUACAGGCUUGUGUUUGGUAAACCUUGCCAUCUGCCAGUAGAAUUGGAACACAAAGCCUUUUGGGCCGUGAAACAAUGCAAUAUGGAAAUGGAUGCAGCGAGGGAGCACAGGAAACUUCAAUUGCAAGAACUUGAGGAAAUCCGAAAUGAUGCUUUCGAGAAUGCGAGAAUUUACAAGGAGAAGACCAAGGCAUUCCAUGAUGAGCGCAUAACACGAAAGACAUUUACAGUGGGGCAGAAAGUUCUCUUGUACCAUUCUCGGCUCAAACUUUUUCCCGGUAAACUCCGUUCUCGAUGGGUGGGGCCCUUUAUUAUUACCAAGGUGUAUGACCAUGGUGCGGUUGAGAUUAGUAGUGAGGAGACGGGGAAGGAAUUUAAGGUGAAUGGUCAUCGACUCAAGCCGUACUAUGAGGGUCAUCAGGUCCAGAACAUUGAAGUGAUGGAGCUAGAAGCUCCAAAUUAUGAAGACUAGUAUGCUGUAAAGGCGUCGAGCUAAUGACGAUAAAUAAAGCGCUCUUGGGAGGUAGCCCAAAUCUAGGAUUAUAAUUCGAUUAUUUUUUUCAUUUUUUUUAUUUUCAUCAUUUUAUUUUAAUUGUUAUGCAGUGUAAAAAAAAAAAAAAGAAAACUAUGAGAGAGAGAGAGAGCUUCCAGAUUUCUUAUAUGCUUAUUUUCAAAUCUUUCAUAGUCCUCUGGGAACAGACACAUUUAAUUUGCUUGGUUAAAUCUGGUAUUGUUUGUUACAGGACAUGCUUCAUAGCACACAAGCAUUUGCCGGCUGAUUAAAAGCCGACAUCGAUGUGGAUAUGUUGCAGCAACCUGGGAACAUGCAACAAGAAUAUUGAGGCUGGAAUUGGGGAUGGAAUUCAAAAGCUUUGCUUUUAAUUUCUGGUCCGGCAAAGCUGCAGCAUCGAAACAGUAAUGAGGCAGCAGAUCUGCAGUCAAGCAGUGGAGGCAACGCUUUAAGCUUGGGGGAAGAGUGGCGAACCAGAUAACUACCAGCAUGUUCCACUUUUUCCGGUGAGCUCGUUUCCUUAUCUGUUUCUAUUUUAAUCCCCUUAUUUUUUAUUUAUUUAUUUUUUUUACAGUCACACAUUGAGGGCAAUGUGUGGAUUAAUCUUGGG